AUGGCCCGCGAGAUCCUCAUCCUCCGACGCCUCGACCACCCCAACGUCGUCAAGCUCGACGGCCUCGUCACCUCCCGAAUGUCCUGCAGCCUCUACCUCGUCUUCGAGUACAUGGAGCACGAUCUCGCGGGCCUCGCCGCCAGCCCGGAAAUCAAGUUCACUGAGCCACAGGUUAAGUGCUAUAUGCAUCAGUUGUUGUCGGGUCUGGAGCACUGCCACGACCGCGGCGUGCUGCACCGGGACAUCAAGGGCUCGAAUCUGCUUCUGGACAACAAUGGCAUGCUGAAGAUUGCAGAUUUUGGUCUCGCGUCAUUCUUCGACCCAGACCGUAAACAGCCGAUGACGAGCCGGGUGGUGACCCUAUGGUACCGGCCACCCGAGCUACUUCUCGGCGCAACGGAUUACGGGGUGGGUGUGGACCUGUGGAGCGCAGGGUGUAUCCUGGCCGAGUUGCUCGCUGGGAGGCCAAUUAUGCCAGGACGAACAGAGGUGGAACAGCUGCAUAAAAUUUUUAAGUUGUGUGGCUCACCAACAGAAGAAUAUUGGAAAAAGUCAAAGCUGCCUCAUGCUACAAUAUUUAAGCCUCAGCAACCGUACAAAAGGCGAAUAAGAGAGACGUUUAAGGAUUUUCCACAAUCAGCACUGCAGUUGAUCGAGACACUACUUGCAAUUGAUCCAGCAGAUCGGUUAACAGCGACUUCUGCAUUAAGAAGCGAUUUCUUUACAACCGAACCUUUUGCAUGCGAACCGUCGAGUCUUCCAAAAUAUCCUCCAAGCAAAGAAAUAGAUGCAAAACGAAGAGACGAAGAAGCCAGACGUUUAAGAGCUGCUGGUGGUAGAGCUAAUGGUGAUGGAGCCAAGAAGACGAGAACACGUGAUCGACCUAAGGCAGUUCCAGCUCCAGAGGCAAAUGCUGAACUUCAAGUAAACAUCGAUAAAAGAAGGUUCAUUACUCAUGCAAAUGCGAAGAGCAAGAGUGAAAAGUUCCCUCCCCCACAUCAAGAUGGUGCGGUUGGUGUCCCUUUGGAUACUUCAAAUCAUAUGGACCCGAUAUACGAACCUCCAGACCCAUCUUCCUUCAGCACUGUGUUCACAUAUGAGAAAGGCGCUGUGCCUACUUGGUCUGGACCAUUGGUUGAUCCUGCUGCAGUGGUGAACCAAAAGCGGAAGCACAAGUCUGGGCGCUCAUCGAAACAACCGGCCACUGCCCGUGCUCGGUAA